UGUGCUGUGUUGGAUGAAGUCAUAAAGAAAAUUGGAAACCAGAGAAUCUUUGUCUUGUCCAUUCUGGGCAUUCAGAGCUCUGGAAAAUCCACAAUGCUGAAUGCAAUGUUUGGACUCCAGUUUGCUGUAAGCGCUGGACGGUGUACCAGAGGGGCAUUCAUGCAGCUAGUUAGUGUGACCGGGGAGAUCAAGGCAAAGUUUGACUACAUUUUUGUGGUUGACACUGAAGGACUCCGAGCCACAGAGCUUGCUGGGAAGGCAACUGUCCAUCGCCAUGACAAUGAAUUGGCCACAUUUGUCAUAGGCCUAGGACACAUGACCCUAAUCAAUAUAUUUGGGGAGAAUCCCGCUGAAAUGCAAGACAUCCUUCAAAUUGCUGUGCAGGCUUUCCUACGGAUGAAACAAGUCAAACUGUCUCCCAGUUGUGUAUUUGUACAUCAGAAUGUUGGGGAUAUCUCUGCAGGAGAAAAAAACACGGAGGGAAAGAGACGUCUGCAAGACAAACUAGAUGAGAUGACCCAGUUGGCAGCCAAAGAGGAGGACUGUGUUGCCAAGUGUUUUAGUGAUGUUAUUGCUUUUGACAUACAGAAAGACGUGAAGUGGUUUGCACAACUCUGGGAGGGCAGUCCACCAAAGGCCCCUCCAAAUCCAUGCUACAGUGAAAAUGUUCAAGAUCUGAAGAAAACCAUUCUCAGCAAAGCCUCAGAAUCAAAAGGAAUGAAGCUCUCUGAAUUUAAGACAAGCAUCUCUGAUCUGUGGAAUGCCUUGUUGAGUGAGAACUUUGUUUUCAGUUUCAAAAACACAUUGGAGAUUGCCAUGUACAAGACGCUGGAGACAGAAUUUGUCAAAUGGACCUGGAGCCUCAGAAGCAGAAAAGCAUUAAAAAAUGGCAACCUAGACACUAUAGAGGAAACAUUUCUUCGAGCAGAGAUGAAGUCCACAUAUGAGGAGGUUGAGAAAACAAUGGCUAAAUAUUUUGAUGAACACACAGACAAGGAAAUGCUGGUUCAGUGGAGAGGAAGGUUUGGAUUCAAAAUCAUUGAGGUUCACAGUGACCUUGUGAAAGACACACAAAAAAAGUUCAAUGCCCUUAUUCAGCAAAAGAAGACUCGGCAGAUGGAUGAAAUGAAGGCACGCUACCAAGAUACUCUCUUCAGAAAGAGCAAAGAGCUUGCCAUGACUCUUAAACACUCGGACAAAAGUGAAGAAGCUCUUAAAAAAGAAUUUGAGAUAAUGUGGGAAAGCUGGCUCUUGGAAUUGAUAUCAGAUGUACCUCGUGUGAAAAACUGCAACAUUUGGGAGGAUGUUAUGAAUAUCCUGAGCGAGAGCCACGAGGAAAGUGUUUUGAAUGAUCGGUAUAAAAAGGCUGACUAUAAAAGCAUUACCUUUAGGGGUGAAUAUUCCAGGUAUGUAGUGCCCAUAGAGCCUAAACAUCAAGAGUCAGAACAAGCAAACAAGAAGAAAAAGCACAAUGGUCUGGUAACCUUUGUUGGAAAUGCUUGGCAAAAAAUGUCAGGUUACUUCAAGACACAUGAGACACAUGUUUUGGAACAUGAGCAUCAAAGAAGAACUAAUUCAAAACAUUCAUGGGAAAGUUGA